GCCUGUAAAUAACCACAUAGUGUUUAACAUGACAUCAUAAGGAGACAACCCAAAGGUUAUGAAUUUUGUUAAUUAAAAAAAAUGCAUUGCACUACUUAGCAGCAGCCAGGGGCGCUGUUGAUUAAUUCUUAACUGAUUUGUGUAACAAUCUCUGAACUAUUUAUUACUCCAACAGCACAAUUGUUACCUUACCGUGCAGCUUAGACCUAGUGCAGGUUCCUGUCUACAGCGCUAAACCUUCUGAACUCCUUCGGAAGAUAAAGCACCACGUUAAUGGAGAAGAAUGGCCCGAGUGUGGUUGGAGUGCCUCAACUCUUUACCGGGGAUCCCCCUCGAUGUGCUGUCGGUGCCCAUGGAGAAUAAAUACAAAUGUCAGCGGUGUUUCCUGGUCCUGAGGAAGCCAGUGCAGGCUCAGUGCGGCCAUCGCUUCUGUGUACACUGCUUUAAACAGCUCACCAGUUCCGGCCCAAAGCCUUGCGAAGCCUGUCGCCAGGAGAAAAUAUACGAAGAGCCGACUUCUAUCCUCAAUAUUGGCGAGGCCUUUCCGGACAAUGCGGCGGGUCGAGAAAUAGCAAGUCUUCCUGCAAAGUGUUUGAACGAGGGCUGCACCUGGACGGGAUCAAUCAAAGAGUAUGAGACCCAGCACGAAGCCAGCUGCGACUACGAGCUGGUCCAGUGCGAGGCCUGCAAUGCGCACGUCUCCCGCUCGGAGAAGGAGCGUCACAGCGAACGCGAGUGCGAGGCCAGGGUGCUCAACUGCAAAUACUGCAAGCUGACUUUCAACUUUAAAGACAUCAAGGCCCAUGAUGAAGUGUGCCUCAAGUUCCCCUUGCAGUGUAAAGACUGUGGCAAGAAGAAGAUCCCAAGAGAAAAGUUGAGUGAUCAUAGUCGGGCCUGUGUAAAGUCCAAGAGUGCUUGUUCUUUUAGCCCAGUUGGCUGCAAGUUUGUGACGGACAAUGGCAAACUGAACGACCACGAGCACAACAGUGUCAUGGAGCACCUGCGCCUGCUGCUGCCCAUGGUUCUGUCUGUGGCCCGCCCCAACACUGAGGCCCAAGGGUCUGGCGAGUGGCAGGAAGACUCGGGUCUGGGUCUGUACAGGGCUCCAGAGGAAGGAGCCUCAUCCUCUAUGCCGUCUGGGGACUUAGAAAAGAAGGUGAGCGCUUUGGAGAACAUCGUCUGCGUGCUAAACCGCGAGGUGGAGCGCAGCUCUGUGACCCUGGAGGCCUUCUCGCACCAGCACCGCCUGGACCAGGAGAAUAUUGAGAACCUGAGCAGCAAGGUGAACCAGCUGGAGAGAGUCCUGGCCACCAAGGACUUCCAGCUGUCUGAAACGGAGCAGCUGGUGCGGGAGAUUCAGUGGUGCACAUUUGACGGCGUCUUCGUGUGGAAGAUCUCGGACUUCCCGCGCCGCAGGCUCAACGCCAUGAGGGGUCAAACGCCAGCGAUGUUCUCACCAGCCUUCUACUCCAGCAAGUAUGGCUACAAAAUGUGUCUGAGGUUGUACUUGAACGGCGACGGCACGGGGCGGGGGACGCACCUGUCGCUCUUCUUCGUGGUCAUGCGUGGGCGCCACGACGCGCUGCUCAAGUGGCCCUUCAGCCAGAAGGUGACGCUGAUGCUCCUGGACCAGAACAACCGCGAGCACAUCAUCGACGCCUUCAGGCCCGACGUCACCUCCACGUCCUUCCAGCGGCCCACCAGCGAGAUGAACAUCGCCAGCGGCUGCCCGCUCUUCUGCCCGCUGGGGAAGCUGGCCGACAAGAGCCCGUACUUGCGAGACGACACCAUCUUCAUCAAGGCCAUCGUGGACCUGUCUGGCUUGUGAGGUCGGCUGUGGAAGUUGCACCAAACAGUGAAAGAUGAACAGUUGGGAUAUAUUUCAUUUAUAUAUACAAAUAUCUGUGAUACUACCUGUUAUAACAAUCACAUAUCUAUAAUAUAAUAUUAUAUUAUAUAAUAUAUAUAAUAUAUUUAUAUAUGUCUAUUUAUAUAUAUAUUUAUCAUUGGAGCAUCAACCCUAAUCGGUGUGUGUGUAUAUAUAAUAUAUAAUGUAUGUAUGUAUGUAUGUAUAUGUAUAUAUAUAAAUUAGGGCUGCAACUAACGAUUAAUUUGAUAAUCGAUUAAUCUGUCGAUUAUUACUUCGAUUAAUCAUCGGAUAAAAGAGACAAAGUACAUUUCUAUCCUUUCCAGUAUUUUAUUGAGAAAAACCAGCAUACUGGCACCGUACUUAUUUUGAUUAUUGUUUCUCAGCUGUUUGUACAUGUUGCAGUUUAUAAAGGUUUAUAAAAAAAAUAAAAAUAAAAAUAAAAAUUGCCUCUGCGCAUAGCAUAGAUCCAACGAAUCGAUGACUAAAUUAAUCGCCAACUAUUUUUAUAAUCGAUUUUAAUCGAUUUAAUCAAAUAGUUGUUGCAGCCC